GGCAGGGCAAGACUGCACUGGUGUCACCUCCCUGAGCCUGGGUGUUGCCGUGGGGCCAGGGAUGAUCUGUGAAAACCAAGCACGGCCCCAGUCAGCGUACGGAAUUAACCAUCCCAAUCUGCUGUUUGGUCAUCACGUUUUCUGUGCUCUCCCAGUGCAGUGAUAACAGCUGUGGAGUUAAAACUGUGUCUAAGCCUGGCUUGAAACAGGCUUUGUGAACGGUUGUGACACCUCGGGCACAAGAUCCUGCUUGUUGCAAGCAAAGAGAUUCCUCCUUUCAGUGUGAUAUGGAAGAGGUGGCGAUGAUCGGAGGGCACAACAGCAAUGAGAAUGUGGAGGAGCCCCUGAGUCCCCAGGCCGGAGGGGCAUCCCCUCACCCAGAGGUGCCUGGGGACACCUGCAAAAGGACACCCUAUAGAGCUCUGGGCGAGUGGUGCAAGCUCCAUUGGCGCUGCGCCCUGGUGCUGGCGGUGCUCGUGGCCCUGGUCAUGGCUCUGUGCGUGGCUCUUGCUGCAGUGUCAGGAAAGCCUAAAGGGAAUCCACCUCUGCCGGCGGCUCUAGCGCUGGCCUGUCCUGACGGCUGGGUUGGGUACCAGAGGGUCUGCUACUAUCUCUCACCGAGGGAGGGCAGCUGGGAGCAGGGCCAGGAAACGUGCUCCUCACUCGGGGCCUCGCUGGCUGUGCUGAAGAGGCCGUGGGAACUGGAGUUUCUCCGGCGCCUCAAGGGUAAUGCUGAUUACUGGCUCGGGCUGCGGAGACGGGGCGAGCGGCUGGAGUGGGUGGAUGGCAGCAGCCUCAACGAGACCGGUGUCUUCCCUUCUUGUUGCAGGAUCCCAGUGCGGGGCCAAGGAGAGUGUGUGUAUUUGAACGACCAUGCUUUUGGGAGCACCAGCUGCUCACAGCAGCAGCGUUAUCUCUGCAGCAAGCUGCAAGCUGUGAUGUGAUGGCAGCAAUGGAGGAAGGAGCUUCCCCGUGCUGGGGACUCGUUUGGCUUCUUCCACCAGCUGCUUCCACGUUCUUACCUCAAGUGCAGCCCUUGGGUUGCUGCUGGUGUCAGCAGCAGCUCACUGCCAGCUCUGGGGGAGAUGAACCUGCAGGAAGGGCAGACCCUGUGGAUGCUGCCUGGACUGGGCCCUUGGGCUGCCCCUUGAGCAGGUUCCUUUGUCCUUCUGGGCCCACCCCAGAGCCUGUGUUGCUUCUCUCAGUUUCUGUCUACCUGGUUUUGUCACCCAUCAAGCAGCUUCUGCUGGAUGAGAUGGGUGCAGAAACCUUGGGGGUGGUCACUGGCCCUCUGCAGGGCAGAGGGUGCCCAGAGCCGGGGAGUGACGGGCCCUUGGGGCGGUACCCGAG